AUGCUCUAUGAAAAGUUUUUGCCAGCAGGCCCAAUAUUGUCCAUCAGAGUUUGUCGUGAUGUUAACACUCGCCGGUCCCUUGGCUAUGCUUAUAUCAAUUUCCAGCAGCCUGCUGAUGCUGAACGGGCUUUAGAUACAAUGAACUUUGAAGUGAUUAAAGGUAGACCAAUCCGUAUCAUGUGGUCUCAGAGAGAUCCUGGCCUUCGGAGAUCUGGAGUAGGAAAUGUCUUCAUCAAAAACCUCGACGACUCCAUUGAUAACAAAGCAUUGUAUGACACGUUUUCAGCAUUUGGAAACAUUUUGUCUUGUAAAGUUGUUUGUGAUGAGAAUGGAUCGAGAGGUUAUGGCUUCGUUCAUUUUGAGACUCAAGAAGCUGCCAACCGAGCAAUACAGACGAUGAACGGCAUGCUGCUCAAUGACCGAAAAGUGUGA